GUCAUUGGUUUCACUGCUGACAUUUAUCAGUUGGAGCAUUCGCCCGACGAGUUUGUCCAAAGAGCAUAUUGAAAGGUUCAGAGAAAAUCGGAGCAACGGAGACUUUCCACCUCUCAGUAUUGCCCAACUAGGUAUGAAAAAGAAGCAAAGGAAAAACUUUGAGUCUCGUAAUACCACAGACGUAGUAGAGGAACGUUCUUCGUCACUGGUCAUUACUGGAGAUCCUUCCGGACAUCUGUGGAUUUGUUCGAUCUGGUCCUCUUUGACAGAUGCCGAAGCCAUGUCGGCAUCUGUGAAGUCUGUACUACCUGUUCUUGGACAAUUCAUACAUCAGCAAGUGUGCGCUAGGUGUCUGGCCUUCUUGAUUUUACUUGGUCAUUUGUGUGAAAAGCUCGCAACAGAAUACGAUACCAUAUUGACAAGCUUGGACGGAAUUGUGGGUCUCGGGGAGAGAGUCCUUCUUGAAGGAUUGGAAUGGGGCACGACCGAAGCUGUGGACAAGUUGAAGAAGAUGCUCUGGGGUCUUGAAGCUCUACGUGUUUUCGAUGACCGAUUGUCUGCCUCAUUGGCACAGAUUCAAAAGGGAAGAGAAUCCAUGGAGCGCACGAUCAAACAGGAAGCGGGGCAGCAGCAUGUUGACCUGCUCGAGGCAUACAAUAAUGUAAUUGAAGAGUUCGAGAAGAGAUUUGGAAUGCUUUCCGAUGUUCAGAUUAGGACGCAGCUGAAGAUCCGACAAGUCACUGGAUUACGAGACGGAGUAGGCGUUCAGUUCCUCAUUUUCUUCCCAAACUGACAACCUAGAUCUCAACAGUGACGAACGUCGAAGACAGCCAAACGGCAUUGAGGGAUAGCAAAACAACGAUCAAGCAGGGCAACAAUAUCCGAAUACUAACAUACAUCACG